AUGCCUCCACGGCUUCCCGUGCUGUCGGCACGGCUAUCCCCAUGGCCGAGCCUGUCUUUCUCUCCGCUGUCUUUCCUUUUCCCUCAAUUCCAGCAGCAGGGCCGUAAUGCCCACAUCCUAGCCUCUCUGUCAGAUACCCCCGGCGCAUACAACAAGAGGAUUCGAAGAGGUCGAGGUCCGGCGUCUGGAAAAGGCAAAACAUCAGGAAGAGGUCACAAGGGUCAGAAGCAGCACGGAAAGGUGCCCGCAGGCUUCAAUGGUGGUCAGACGCCCGACCAUAUAGUCCACGGAGAACGUGGUUUCAAGAACAUUUUCUCGAUCGACCUCGCUCCCGUCAACCUGGAUCGCAUCCAAGAGUGGAUCGACCAAGGCCGCAUCGACCCUAACCGGCCCAUCACUGUCAAGGAACUUGCCCAGUCCCGCUGCAUUCACCAGGCCAAAGACGGUGUCAAGCUGCUUGGCCGAGGAAAAGAUGGUGCUCUGAAGCAGCCCAUCCACGUCGUCGUCUCCCGCGCCUCUGCCUCCGCCAUCGCCGCCGUCGAAGCUGCGGGCGGAUCGGUGACGACGCGGUUCUACACCCGCUCCUCCAUCCAGCGGAUUCUGAGGAGACAGACACAUCCAUUCCUGUCGACGGCAUGGACGAAGGAGACUGGUAACGAGUUCCUCAACAAGGCCCUGGGUGUGGGUGACGGGCCAAUUGUCGAGUCCGAGAUCAUGAAGCGCAUGGGGUACCAGUACCGCUUGCCAGACCCGACCAACCGAAAGGACAUCGAAUACUACCGUGAUCCGGCGCACCGAGGCUAUCUGAGCCAUCUCCUCAAGCCCAACGAAUCGCCCAGUCUGUUCUUCGUUUCCCCGGCCGAGAGGAAGUCGGCCGCGGGUGUCAAGAAGGAGAAGACCCUUCCAGAGAACAGACUCUGGUAG